AUGGCCCAAUAUGCCAGCACGGCCAGUCCCGCCCAGUCGACGGCGACGACGGCAUCAGCGCAGCAACAGCCCACGGCUGCGUCGGCAGGACAGUCGCAGUCGGGACAAUCACAGGUUCCCCAGCACAAGCGCGUCUACCAGGCGUGCAUCCCGUGCCGUCGCCGCAAAGUGCGCUGCGACCUGGGCAGUGUCGACAACCCGCACGACCCGCCGUGCGUGCGCUGCCGCCGCGAGAGCAAGGAGUGCUUCUUUAGUGCUACUCGCCGCAAGAGAAAGACGGACGAGGACGACAGCGACGCCGACGAGUACGUGGUGCGCAACGGCCGCAAGAAGCUGCACGCCGCCGACAGCCCGCCCUUUUCGCGCUUCGACAAGCGCCAGUACAGCGACACGCCCCUGACCCCCGGGGGAUCCCAUGGCAGGACCCAGCCGCUGCGCAGGCCGGACGGCAAGGCUGGCGGCCGCGGGCACGACGAUGGCGAGUUUGACGGCGAUGGCGACUCCAACCAGACGCUGGAGAACCUCGAGGCCCAGACCGUCAUGAGGCGUGGCGUCUACGGGCCUCACGAUGCUCUCGACCUCCUCUACAAGGCCGCGACGGAUAGCCCGGCUGCGGAUACACAUCGGCGCCAGCCAAGCAUGGCGUCCAUUGCCCCGGGGCCGCCUCAGCAGGCCCAGGCCACGGACGAGCCUGGCCUACGUGCCCGGUCGAGAGGACCAUCCAUAUCCGUCCGGCCUGAGCAGUCCAUCGAUCCCAACCUGUCCCGUCCGACUCUGAGGGCCCAGCCGGGCUAUGAGGAUGCCUUGAGAGCCUGGUCGAGGUUCCGCUUCGUGCGUGCUGGAUGGUUCACCGCGCAAGAAGCCAUUGAAUACAUUGACUACUACUACAAAUACCUGUCACCGCUUACACCGAUUUCGCCUCCUACCUUUAGCAACCCCUCAUCUCACUUGACCCUCUUGACCGAGGAGCCUAUUCUCACGGUUACCUUGCUUACGAUUUCCUCGCGAUAUUGCCAGCUUCCCGGCACUGGUGGCAUAUGUCGAUCUCACGCGGUGCCGGAACAGCUAUGGACCUAUCUGCGUGGCAUGAUUGAGAGAUGUCUAUGGGGGCAGGAAGCCUUUGGGGGCAGCUUGAGGACGUUGGGCACCAUUGAGUCUCUACUGAUCCUGACCGAGUGGCAUCCUCGCGCACUGCAUUUCCCCCCGCAAGAGGCCACUGAUGAGCUGGUGCUGCCUAUUGCGGAAGCUUCGCCGUUGAUGGCGUCUGAGGAUGAGCUGCACAGAACAAUGGGGCCGGGUAUUGGCGGCAAAAGAAUCGAGAGCUGGCUAGAGCCGGCGUGGAGGAGCGACCGCAUGUGCUGGAUGCUACUCAGCACCGCCAUGGGAUUGGCCUAUGAGCUGGGUGUGUUUGAUGAUAUUGAUGAGCUGCUCAAGGAUGAUGCCAUCACUCGCCCCGAGUACAAGGAUGAAGUGUACCGCCAGCGAGCCAAUCGCAUCAAGCGGCUUUUGCUCAUCUACACGAGCCAGCUUGCAGGUCGUUUGGGCUGGACUAGCAUGACACCAGAGCACCUGAGAAAAGCCGACCCUGCCGUUGCUCGUCAGAGACCCUUGACCAACGACAGCAGCACACCCGCGACAAACCCUUCUUCUCUGGCAAACGGAUUCAACUACGUCCCGGAUCUUGAGCUCGACGACCAAAUCAUCCACUGCUGGGCGGGCAUCAGCAAUGCCAUGCACCUCGGUAACGAGAAGCUGUUCAAGACGCGCAAGCACACGACCGAGAUUAUCCAGUCGGGCAAAUACGUUGACCUGCUACGGGACUUUACACCGCUGCUCAAGGACUGGUAUCGAGAGUUUGAGCUGUUCCGUCUACCGCAGUACAUUCGGCAUAUUUUGACCAUCGAGUACGAAUAUGUCCGCAUUUACAUCAACUCCCUCUCGUUGCAGGCGGUCGUCGAGCGGUGCACUAACAAUGCAGGCAACGCUUCCAGCUCUGGCAACGGGGUCCAGCCGACGCAUCUGUCUCCGCAGACCAUGAUCAAUUACGGAAAGCUGCCUCUUGGUCAGCUGGGAGGCUUCACGGUCCACGACCAGGAGUACGUGCGCGAGGUGGUGGAAGGAAGCCGGAAUCUCCUGCGGACGGUUGUCGAAGGACUGCUGCCUGGAGGCUACCUCAAGCAUGCGCCCGUGCGGACGUACUUUCGCAUCAUCAGCGGCGCCAUGUUCUUGCUCAAGACGUUUGCCCUGGGCGCUCCUCGUUCCGACGUCAAGCUGAGCAUUGAGCUGAUGGACGCCACGGUGGAGGCUCUGCGCAACUGCAUCGUCGACGACGUGCACCUGGGCAUUCGCUUCGCCGACCUGCUGGAGUCUCUGACCAGCCGGCUACGGAACCGGUUCAUCCAGGCGCCGAUGCAGCAGCCGUCUGCCAAGGCACAGAGCCCCGUCCCGGAGGCGGGCAACGCGGGCGCCGUGCAGCCGGUGCAGAACGGAGAGAAUGGCGAGAAUGGCGCAGCCUGGGUGGGCAGCCACGCACAGAGACUUCGGGACGGCCUCAACGGACACUACCGGGUGCCGACUCCUACCGCCAACAACACCACCACCGAGGCAAACAACAUCUCCGCCACGCCCUUUGACCUCUCGACCGGCAACUUUCCCUACCACGGCGCCUCGUCCAUCGGCCCGUCAACGCCGGCGGCGGACAACAGCAACGCCUCGGGCGCCGGCAACAUGGACGUCAACCUCUUUGACGAGUGGAAUAAUGCCGGCAGCGAGAUGUGGUAUCUGCCGCCCGGCCCGGCGUUUUUCCAGAACAUGGAGAAUAGUUCGGUUGCGAUGACGGCUGAAGGUGUGAAUGUCGGUGGGCUGGAUUUGUUGGAGUACAUGGCUAUGGAUCCGGUGCAGUUUCCGGGGUUGGAUGGGCCGGGGACGAGCGGAGCGGCGAGUUGA